AUGUGAACUAUAAUAUAGCAAGGUUUGGAAAGCUCAAAGAGAUGGAUAUAACAAAACUAAUAAACAAUAGUAAUAUUGUGACAUGAUUAGUUGCAUAGCCACGGCUAUAAAAGGCACCUAGGUUUUGCCUAAAACUCAUGGAAUCUUGAGCAUCUCAUACUCACCUGAUAUCAUCGAUCUCUCCCCACCUUACCUUCAAAUCCUAAGCUUCAAAAACCACCCGUUGCACAAAACAACAAAAAGAAAAAGGUAUCACAAUAUAUAGUAUGGCUCUCCCAGAAUUACAAGUGGCAAAAACUCUGCCUGAUGCCUGGGACUACAAGGGUCGCCCAGCGGUCCGAGCCACCACCGGCGGCUGGAUUAGUGCCGCCAUGAUUUUAGGAGUGGAGGCAUGUGAAAGGUUAACUACUUUGAGUAUCGUCGUGAAUUUGGUGACGUAUCUGACCGGAACUAUGCAUUUUGGAAAUGCUGCUGCGGCCAAUACCGUCACCAAUUUCUUGGGUACUUCUUUCAUGUUAUGUCUUCUUGGUGGUUUUGUUGCGGAUACUUUUCUUGGCCGGUACCUUACUAUUGCCAUAUUCACCGCGAUUCAAGCAACAGGUUUGACGAUCUUGGCCAUCUCAACCGCGGUCCACGGCCUACAGCCACCAAAGUGCACACCCGACAGCGGUAAGUGUGUGGCCGCCAACGGGCUCCAAGUGGGGUUUCUUUACCUUGCACUCUAUCUAACGGCCCUUGGGACCGGUGGACUUAAAUCUAGUGUUUCGGGUUUGGGGUCAGACCAAUUUGAUGAGACUGACAAGGAGGAAAGGUCCCAAAUGGGGAAGUUCUUCAACUGGUUCUUUUUCUUCAUUAAUAUCGGCUCACUUCUCGCGGUUACGGUCAUGGUUUACAUCCAGGAUAAUCUGGGUAGGCGUUGGGGGUAUGGGAUCGUUGCUUGCGCCAUUGUUACCGCGUUGGUGAUCUUCUUGUCAGGCACAAAAAGGUACCGGUUCAAGAAGCUGAUGGGUAGUCCGUUAACCCAAAUAGCUUCGGUUUUUGUCGCUGCAUGGAGGAAGAGACGUGCGGAACUUCCAGCGGACCCUUCCUUGUUGUUCAAUGAAGAUGACGUUGAAAUGACAGGAGUUACUAGCAAAAAAAGCAAGCAAAAGUUGCCUCUUAGCAAGCAAUUUCGUUUCCUUGAUAAGGCAGCAAUCAAAGAUGCCGAAGUAUCGUAUGAAGCAAUGGUUAAGGUGGAUAAAUGGCGUCUUGCAACUGUAACCGAUGUUGAGGAAGUGAAAAUGGUGAUCCGAAUGCUACCAAUUUGGGCUACCACAAUAUUAUUUUGGACUGUAUAUGCCCAAAUGACAACAAUGUCAGUGUCACAAGCUACCACAAUGGAUAGACACAUUGGAAAAUCAUUCGAAAUCCCAGCAGCUUCCCUCACUCUUUUCUUUGUCAUAAGCAUCCUUGCAACAGUUCCAAUCUAUGACAAGAUCAUUGCCCCAAUCGCCAAACGAGUCCUAAAACACCCACACGGGCUAACCCCUCUACAACAAGUAGGAAUAGGAUUAGUCCUUGCCAUAAUAUCCAUGAUUGUAUCCGCUUUAACCGAAAUCAAACGACUACACGUGGCUCGUUCACAUGGCUUGGUAGAUGAUCCAUCUAAGACGGUCCCGCUUACAGUCUUCUGGUUGGCCCCACAGUUUUUGUUAGUAGGGUCUGGUGAAGCAUUUACUUACAUGGGACAACUUAGUUUCUUCUUGAAGGAGUGCCCUAAAGGGAUGAAAACAAUGAGCACCGGGUUGUUUUUAAGCACAUUAUCUUUAGGGUUCUUCUUUAGCUCUUUGUUAGUGACGAUAGUGCACGCGAUUACAGGAGAUAAGCACCCAUGGAUAGCUGAUAAUUUGAACCAAGGGAAGCUUUACAACUUCUACUGGUUACUUUCAGUUUUAAGUGUUUUGAACUUUGGGUUAUUCCUAGUGGCAUCAAGAUGGUAUGUCUACAAGGAGCAAAGGCUUGCUGCAGAAGGUAUUGAGUUGGAUGAAGAUGACUUUGUAGGCCAUGCAUAACUUUGGGGCUUUUUUUUUUUUUUCGUUUAAAUUUCCCUGUUGAUGAAAAUUUCUAUGCUUUUUUUGUUCCCCUUGGUUGUUAUGCCAUGUUUGGUUCUAACUUUUUGUGAAAAAGUAAUAAGGGACAAAAAUGGAAAUGUAAAAAGGGAGGCCAUUUUUGUUGUAUAAGUGAAAAAGCUAGGGGCUUUAAUCAAUAAAUGAAUGUUUGAUCU